CGCAUUUUCCGACUCCGGUUCUUGCUCUACCGCGGAGUGGCGUGAGGAGGCGUCGGGUUUGUGUAACGGAUUUAGGGCUGCCUGGUCCGCCGAAGAAUAUUCUUUCACGAAGAUCACUGAAUCAAAACUUCUCAGAAGAUCCAAGAGAUCGCCCGGCAGCCGGCCGCUCGCCUGCGAUGAACGGCAUGCACAUGGAGGGACACCUGGGCAAGCGACAUCGCAGCGACGACAUGGGCAGCCACGCCGAGGGCGCACAUGGCAUGCAGGGACCGCCGCGCAAGCGCAAGGACUUCGAGCCGAUGCCUCCCAACCACAUCCUGCUAUUCACCGUGCUGAACCCCGUGUACCCGAUCACGGUGGAGAUCCUACACACCAUCUGCUCGACGCACGCGCGCGUCAUCCGCAUCGUCAUCUUCCAGAAGAACGGCGUGCAGGCAAUGAUCGAGUUCGAGUCGGUGGAGGCGGCGUGCGCGGUGCGCGAGGCGCUGAACGGCGCCGACAUCUACUCGGGCUGCUGCACGCUCAAGAUCGAGUUCGCCAAGCCGACGCGGCUCAACGUGAAUCGGAACGAUUCGCGCAGCUGGGACUACACGCUGCCGGGGCCCGGCCAGGACAUGGAGUCGCUGCCGGUCAAGAAGGCGCCGCUGCUGCCGGAGCCGCCGUCCUACCCGUCCAUGGGCGGCGGCGGCGGCGGCGGCGUGGGCGGUGGCAUGGGUGGCGGCAUGGGCUCGCGCAUGGCCGCUCCGAUGUCGGACCGGUACUCGGGCGGCGGCGGCGGCGGCGGCAGCGCCGACCGCUACGGCAUGGCGUCCGACCGCUACAUGGGCGGCGGCGGCGGCGGCGACCGCUUCGGCGGCGGUGGCCAGGACUACGGCCGAGGCGACGGCUACGGCCACGGCCACGGCCAGGAUUCGUACGGCCGUAUGGGCGGGCGGCGCGGCGUCAGCGACGACCGCAUGGGCGGUGGCGGCGGGCCCCAGCAGGGCUCCGUACUCAUGGUCUACGACAUGGAUAAGAACCGCAUGAACCCCGAGAGACUUUUCAACAUCUUCUGUCAGUACGGCAACGUGGUGCGCGUCAAGUUCCUGAAGAGCAAAGAGGGCUGCGCCAUGAUCCAGCUGGAGGACGGUCUGGCCGUGGAGCGCGCGCUCAACAACCUCAACAGCCUCGAGUUCUUCGGCUGCCGCAUGCAGCUGAGCUACAGCAAGCAACCGUACCUGAACGAAGUGCAGCAGCCGCACACCCUGCCCGACGGCACGUCCAGCUUCGCCGACUUCACGCGCAACCGCAACAACCGCUUCCUGGACCCGGCCAAGGCGAGCAAGAACCGCAUCCAGGCGCCAUCGCGCAUCAUCCACUUCUACAACAUGCCGCCCGGCAUGGCCACCGAGGAGAUCAACGAGAUCUUCACCAGCCACGAGGUGACGCCGCCGGAGAGCAUCAAGAUGUUCCCGGCGCGCUCCGAGCGCAGCUGCUCCGGCCUGAUGGAGUUCGGCUCGACGGCCGAGGCCGUGGAGGCGCUGGCCGUAUGUAACCACGUGCCGGUGCCGCACGCCAGCAGCAAGUUCCCGUACACGCUGAAGCUCUGCUUCUCGUCGACGCGCUCGGGCGGGCCUCGCGGCGGCGGUGGCGGAGGCGGAGGCGGCGGCGGCGGCGGUGGAGGCGGCGGCGGCGGCGGCGGUGGAGAGGAGGGCGGCGACCAGUACUACUAGACCAGGUCCGGUCUCCGCGCGCACGCGCCCCGCGCCACUCACGCCAUUCGAUUUCACCGUUCAUACUGGGUGUUGCUGUUUAGAAUAGCGGUAGGUUGUCUGUCCCGUAGACAGUCGGUGUUGUUUUCGUUCACGAGGUCCCCCCGGGGAGGGCAGGCACCGUUUCUAGGGGAGUUCCCUGACGAAACAGCAGAGCGAUGAGCCUGCGCUCUUCCCAACAUCGCAUAAUUGACUUCUUCCGCCCCAAACGUGACGGGUCUCCCGACAGUAUUUCUUUCCGACUCCGUUUUACUUUUUGACAGCAUCCGUUUGACUCCCGCCCCAAAAACAUCUCAGGUGUAACGUGGCUUGCUGUCGUCUCCAUCCCCGCAGAAAGACUGCCGCAUCCGCCACCGGGUGCCCCGAACCCAUGUCCGUUGGCGGCAAGGCUUGGCCGUUUGCUCUCCGGCUUAUCGCGCGGUGUCCGUAGCGCAGACCUUAUCAGGGCUGCGCCCUCGCAUGUGGAGAGGGAGGGAGGGAGGGGUCACGCAUGCGCCCUCGCAUUUUUCAGCAGUGCCCUAUGCGCUACACUCUGCGGGCGAACGCAGCGCCGCCGCCCGCGCCACACUUUCAGAGCCUUUUCUCGUGCUCGGGCCUGUACGUGCUUGUGUGACGCGCCAACUCGGGGCGCGCGCAUCCGGCCGGCGCCGCGCCGCCGUGCCUGUACCAUACCUGUGGCACACCUCUGUAUGUAACGGUGAGGUUCAGUACACUCUCUUUGGACUC